AUGGCAACUCCAGCGAAACCUCGCAGGCGCGAUCAGGGAGGGGCGGCCAAACUCCCUGGCAAGAAGGUGAAAGCUGAGCGCAAAUCGGCGGAUUCUAAGCUCGCGCCAGCACAAGAGAGGCGUGCUGGCAUCAAAAAGAAAGCAAAGAGUGUUAAGCUGGCGAAGGAUGCGGUGCCUCAUGCGGACUCUAAAAAAACCCCUCAAGAGCUUAGUAUCGACGCAUUGAUCGAUAAACAGCAACGCCUUCAAGAAGAAAUCAGUUCUCGUCAGCGAGAGAUUUCCUCUCUAAAGGAGCUGGUGACUGCCCUAACAGGCGGCGCCGUGCCGCUUCCUGUGCCUGUUGAGGUGUUCUACAAGAUCGGCCAACAGUAUAUUGAGGCUAACGCAAAGGCCUUUACUUUGACUUUUCCUCCUUUGGAGGAGCUGGUGAAUUCAAGAGAAACUGCUACAGAGAAUAUUUCUGGCCAGCCAGGAGAUGAAGAGAAAGGGGAAGAUGAAGAAGAGAAGCUCCGCGAAAUGAAGACCGCAGAAGAGGAGGAAGCAGAGGAGAACGCCCGCGAAGACACACCAACAAAAACGCCAGAGCACUCGUUGGGCAGCCAGACAAAUACAGAGGCAAACGCGAGUAGGGAGGAGACCAUAGAAGAAGGAAAAGAAGAAGAAAGCAUGCAUCAGCAGCAUGAGCAGCAUGAGCAGCAUGAGCAGGAACAGCAGCAUGAGCAGGAACAGCAGCAUGAGCAGGAACAGCAGCAUGA